AUGAUACCGUUAGAAAACGAUUUUUACGGAUAUCCAGAGAACGACCCAAGAAGAGGUUGGAGCAUUUUGACCUGGUGGACAAUUGAUCCAAGCUCGUGUUUCGCGCUGAGUUUCGCAGUGUCUCUUCCUUGGCUUUCAAUGACCUUGGCUAUUGCAAGCAUUUGUAUUUUUAUUUGGGAAAUCGACUAUCGGGGUGCAAGGGUUCUUUGGUACUCCUUGGCGUUUAUAACGUCCAUUCUUUUCUUUCUAGAUUCAAAUUUUAUUAUCACCGCAUUGUACAACGACUCAUACGAGUGGCAAACCGUUUUGACUCUUCUUGAAGCUGGUCGAAUCACUGCUUGGAUCGUUCUCGUCUCUGGAACUAUUUCCUUCAUUCAAUGCCUGAUCGGGCUUUGCUGCUGGCCGGAUCAGAAAGUCAGUCCAUCGGAAAUUGAGCUUCAAGUGGACCCAGCAAUUGCUAAUCUACCGCUAGAAUAUCAGCAAGAAGCGAUAGAACAUCGAAAAAGAGAGCUAGAAAAGGAAAUGGUCCAAUAA